GCCGUGCCCCCGUGGUGUGGUGUGAGUGGUACGCUCCUCCCCGGGGUUCCGCACAGUCUCCCCUCUCCCCUCAGUCCCAUGGUCGGCGCGGCUGCUGUCACCUCGGGCCCCUGCAUGUUGCGCCCCUGGGGCCCCCGCACGGAUGUGAGCGCCGUACCGCACCCAGGUUGGGAUGGCUGUGUGCAGGAUAAUCGUGUGCCUGAUGCUGCCCCUGGUCCGGGCUGUGGAAGAAACGUUAAUGGAUUCGACGACUGCGACCGCAGAGCUCGGAUGGACCGUGCACCCACCAUCGGGGUGGGAAGAGGUGAGUGGCUAUGAUGAGAACAUGAACACCAUCCGGACGUACCAGGUAUGCAACGUCUUUGAGUCCAAUCAGAACAACUGGCUGAGGACAAAGUACAUCCGGCGGCGGGGAGCGCACAGGAUCCAUGUGGAGAUGAAGUUCUCUGUCCGGGACUGUAGCAGCAUUCCCAAUGUCCCGGGCUCCUGUAAAGAGACCUUUAACCUUUAUUAUUACGAAUCGGAUAGUGACUCUGCCACUAAAACCUUCCCUCUCUGGAUGGAGACCCCUUGGGCCAAGGUGGACACCAUAGCCGCCGAUGAGAGCUUCUCCCAGGUGGAUCUCGGGGGACGUGUGAUGAAGAUUAACACAGAGGUUCGAAGCUUUGGUCCAGUUUCAAAAAAUGGUUUUUACCUGGCGUUCCAGGAUUACGGUGGCUGCAUGUCUCUUAUUGCUGUCCGAGUUUUCUACCGGAAGUGUCCGCGAAUCAUUCAGAAUGGAGCGGUAUUUCAGGAAACCUUGUCCGGAGCGGAGAGCACCUCUUUGGUGGCAGCUCGAGGGAGUUGUAUACCCAACGCAGAGGAGGUAGAUGUGCCAAUCAAACUGUACUGUAAUGGAGAUGGAGAAUGGCUGGUGCCCAUCGGCCGCUGUAUGUGCAAAGCCGGGCACGAGUCUGUGGAGAAUGGAACCGUGUGCAGAGGAUGUUCUUCAGGAAUGUUCAAACCCAACCAAGGAGAUGAGAGCUGCAUGCACUGUCCCUUUAACAGCCGGACCACCUCCGAAGGCGCCACUAACUGUGUGUGUCGGACAGGCUACUACAGGGCUGACUCGGACCCUCUACAGAUGCCUUGCACUACCACACCGUCUGCUCCCCAGAACGUCAUCUCCAGCGUCAACGAGACCUCCCUCAUGUUGGAGUGGUUUUCACCUAGGGACUCAGGAGGCCGCGAGGAUCUUGUAUACAACAUUAUCUGUAAGAGCUGCGGGUCGGGUCGAGGAGCUUGUACACGCUGCGGAGAUAAUGUCCAAUUUGCCCCCCGCCAGCUGGGCCUUACUGAACCUCGAGUUUACAUCAGCGACCUGCUGGCGCACACACAGUACACGUUCGAGAUCCAGGCUGUGAACGGAGUCACCGACCAGAGCCCUUACUCUCCACCGUUCGCAUCGGUCAAUAUCACCACUAACCAGGCAGCUCCGUCCAGCGUCUCCAUCAUGCACCAAGUGAGCCGCACGGUGGACAGCAUCACACUCUCGUGGUCCCAGCCGGACCAGCCCAAUGGGGUCAUCCUGGACUAUGAGCUGCUGUACUACGAAAAGGAUCUGACGGAACACAAUUCAUCGGUGGUGAAGAGCUCAACCAACACUGUGGUUGUGUCUGGCCUGAAGGCGGGCACUAUAUACGUCUUUCAGGUGAGAGCGAGAACGGUGGCUGGAUAUGGCAGAUACAGCGGCAAAAUGUAUUUCCAGGCUAUGACAGAAGCUGAAUAUCAGAGCAGCUUCCGGGAAAAGCUCCCGUUGAUUAUAGGCUCCUCGGCGGCUGGUCUGGUCUUCCUUAUCGCUCUGGUUGUCAUCAUCAUUGUCUGCAAUAGAAGACGAGGAUUUGAGAGAGCAGACUCUGAAUACACAGACAAACUGCAGCAUUAUACCAGUGGCCACAUGACACCAGGAAUGAAAAUUUACAUAGAUCCUUUUACAUAUGAGGAUCCCAAUGAGGCCGUUCGUGAAUUUGCCAAAGAAAUUGAAAUUUCCUGUGUGAAAAUCGAGCAAGUUAUUGGAGCAGGGGAGUUUGGUGAAGUUUGCAGUGGACACCUGAAGCUUCCAGGAAAAAGAGAGGUUUUUGUGGCCAUCAAGACUUUAAAAUCAGGGUACACGGAGAAGCAGAGGAGAGACUUUCUUAGUGAGGCCAGCAUCAUGGGCCAGUUUGAUCACCCCAAUGUCAUCCAUCUGGAAGGAGUGGUUACCAAGAGCUCACCAGUCAUGAUCAUUACAGAGUUCAUGGAAAAUGGAUCCCUGGACUCCUUCCUCCGGCAAAAUGAUGGGCAGUUCACAGUCAUUCAGCUGGUGGGCAUGCUGAGGGGCAUUGCUGCUGGUAUGAAGUACUUGGCCGAUAUGAAUUACGUCCAUCGGGACUUAGCUGCUCGUAACAUCCUGGUGAACAGUAACCUGGUGUGUAAAGUCUCUGACUUCGGCUUGUCUCGCUUCCUGGAGGAUGACACAUCAGACCCGACAUACACCAGCGCCCUGGGAGGAAAGAUUCCCAUCCGGUGGACAGCCCCUGAAGCCAUCCAGUAUAGAAAGUUUACAUCCGCCAGUGACGUCUGGAGUUACGGCAUCGUCAUGUGGGAAGUGAUGUCUUAUGGGGAGAGACCUUAUUGGGACAUGACAAACCAAGAUGUCAUUAACGCCAUUGAACAGGAUUACCGCCUUCCACCACCCAUGGAUUGCCCAAAUGCACUCCACCAACUAAUGCUGGACUGUUGGCAGAAGGACCGAAACCACCGGCCUAAAUUCGGCCAGAUAGUCAACACCUUGGACAAGAUGAUUCGUAACCCCAACAGUCUGAAGGCCAUAGCACCUCUAUCGUCUGGAGUGACUCUCCCGCUCCUGGACCGUACAGUCCCUGAUUACACUAGCUUCAACACAGUGGACGAGUGGUUGGACGCCAUCAAGAUGGGUCAAUACAAGGAGAGUUUUGCCAAUGCCGGAUUCACAACCUUUGAUGUCGUCUCACAAAUGAUCAUGGAAGACAUCCUACGGGUCGGGGUAACUUUGGCCGGUCACCAGAAGAAAAUCCUCAACAGCAUUCAGGUGAUGCGAGCGCAGAUGAACCAGAUCCAGUCAGUAGAAGUCUGAUCGAAUGGCGAGUGCUUCCUCAUCCUCACACUUCCUAAUGUACUUGGGUUUCGAGCCUUCCCCUCUCUCCCAACCCCACCUUGGUACAAUGAAGUUUCGCGAAUGCACCUGGUACGGACAGGACCGUCUGUUGUCCCCAGAAGCCACCCUGAUGGUUUCACCCUGAGAGCAGAGCUUCCCUGGGAAGAGUUGGGGAUCACGCUUUGGGGGUGAUGGGAAGAAUAUUUUUGGAAUAUUAGAUCUGGAUUUGUACAAAUAAUAAUUUUACAGUAAGUCAUAAAAAAGGGCUUGAAGAAUUAUAGACCAGUGGACGGUGAGGAAUGUUUCCUGCACGACAAGAAGCAACGGUCCUGACCAAGAGUGCAGCACGUGGAUAACCUCACGCCAUUCCUCCAGGGACCGACCUGAGAGAAAAGAAGAAUUUAUUUCCAUUAAAUGGACCCGCUCCAUCUAAGAAUAUAUAAUUCUACAUCUUGGAGAUGUUACAAGAAUUACCUAAAAACAACGGCUUUUUCCAUGGAAAGGAAGAUGCCGCUAAGACUUGUAGUGUUUGUAAUAAAAGACAACUCCUUUCUGCCGAGCCUGAAACAGUUUUGUGAGUUCUACGUUUUUUGCAAUCCCCCCUUUCCCCCACAUUCCAAGUCCCGAGCGCACCUCAAGUGACAUUUGAUCCAUAUCAUGUGCACAAACCUCAGUGAUGAUGUCAUCACUAAUUGCCAACCCCCUCUUUUUUCUCAGAAGACUUUCCCAGUACGGUCCGUAUUAGACUUAAUGACAAAACUCUGAAGUGUAAAAAAAAAAAAAAAAAAAAUCACGCUUUGUCGUCAGUGUUGUCGUCGUUUGGAAAUCUGUUUCUUUGUUUACAGAAAUGACUUUUUUUACAUUGUUUUUUGGAUAUCGGUACUCAGAAAGAUUGAAAUUGCUUAAAAAAGAACUUGAAAAAAAAAAUCACAAAAAAA